UCCAUGUUAAUAAGCUAUCGGAAACGCUUAAUGAUUUAUAUCACUAUUGUUAUCGAUGAGUUUUAAUUUGUAUCAGCAUUAAUUUAGUGAAAAAAUGUGGUCCGACACAAUAUUAAUUGUUUUUAUAUCGGUUUGCACCGCCUUUCUGGGCGAAGGACUCACCUGGGUGAUGGUUUACCGGACGGAGAAGUACCAAAAGCUAAAGACCGAGGUGGAAAAGCAGAGCAAAAAGCUGGAGCGCCGCAAGGAGAUCCAUGGGGAUUCCCUGGACAAAGCGGUGAAGAAGAAGAUCGAGCGCGACGAGGAAAAACUGAAAAACAACAAUCGCGAUCUUUCGCUGGUCAAGAUGAAGACUAUGUUCGCUACGGGAUUUGCCUUCACCGCCCUGUUGAGUAUGUUCAACAGCAUUUUCGACGGCCGUGUGGUUGCCCAGCUGCCCUUCACACCCAUCUCCUGGAUCCAGGGACUAAGUCACCGAAACUUGUCCGGGGAUGACUACACGGACUGCUCCUUUAUAUUCCUCUAUAUCCUGUGCACCAUGUCUAUUCGUCAGAACAUCCAAAAGCUUCUGGGCUUUGCCCCAUCACGCGCCGCCAGCAAGCAGGGCGUAGGUCUGUUUGGUCCUGCUCCAGGCCAGUUUAAAUAGUUCAAAUUCAUAAAUUAAAUUAGCUGCAUUUAGUUUUAAUGCACCAUCAACAA